AUGCCCAGGGCUAGGCUCUGAGGCUGCUGGGGUGGCCGGGCGCUGCCCCUGCCACUGGCCUACAUCUGCUACCUGCUCCUCAGCGCCACCGUCUUCCAGCUGCUGGAGAAGCAGGCGGAGGCCCAGUCCAGGUAUAAGUUUUAGUUUGAGAAGCUGCGCUUCCUAGAGAACUACACCUGCCUGGCCCAGGCCCUGGAGCAGUUUGUGCAGGUCAUCAAGGAAGCCUGGGUGAAAGGUGUGAACCCCAAAGGCAACUCCACCAACCGCAACUGGGACUUCGGCAGCAGUUUCUUCUUUGCAGGCACCGUCGUCACCACCAUAGGAUAUGGCAACCUGGCGUCCAGCAUGGAGGCAGGUCAGGUCUUCUGUGUCUUCUAUGCCCUGGCGGGCAUCCCACUCAAUGUGGUCUUCCUCAACCACCUGGGCACAGGGCUGCGUGCCCACCUGGCCAUGCUUGAGAGGUGGGAGGACCAGCCCAGGCGCUCCCAGCUCCUGCAGGUCCUGGGCCUGGCUCUGUUCCUGGUCGUGGAGACACUGGUCAUCCUCAUCUUCCCACCCUUGGUCUUCAGCCACGUGGAGGGCUGGAGCUUCAGCGGGGGCUUCUACUUUGCUUUCAUCACGCUCAGCACCAUUGGCUUCAGGGACUAUGUUGUCGGCACGGACCCCAGCAAGCAUUACAUCUUGGUGUACUUGAGCCUGGCAGCCAUCUGGAUCCUCCUGGGCCUGGUGUGGCUGGCGCUACUCCCACUGGGGCCACCGCUUCUGCACAGGUGCUCCCAGCUCUGGCUGCUCACUAGGGGCCUUGGCCCCAAGGACGGGGCUGUCCCUGACCCCGAUGGGCUCCCCAGACCUCAGACAAUCCCCAUCUCUGCAUGA